GCAUCUGUAUGGGCACAAAACACAGCGCUGAAAUGUGUGGGCUCCUGCUCUGUGUCAGGAAGAUUCAGUAAUUUAUUCUCUCUUGGUGCAAGUUCAUCUACACGGUGCUCGUCCAGCGGAUUGAAGGUAACACAUCAAAAACACUAGCCUCAGAGUAAGAGUUAACUGAUGAAUGAGAGAGCAUGGCACAGGUAGAGGAGCCUCAAACUGAGGGGGAAGGCAGCCCCCAGAUGGCCUCCUUAAGGUCUGACGUGUCGGGGAGCCAUGCAGACGAUGGAGAAGCAGGACCCUCCAUGAGGAGGAAGAGGAAGAAGAAGAAAGACCCACGUCCUGAGUCCAUCAUUGUCUACCGGUCUGAAAUGGAGAGGGCACCAGGAGAGGACCAGGGAGGAGAGGAAGUGGCAGAGAGGAGCACUGAGGAGGGAACUAAAUUCCUCUGCACACCCACAGGCGAAGGCUGGAGUCUUCCUCCAGACAGUCGCUAUGUGACCCUGACCGGCACCAUCACCCGUGGAAAGAAGAAGGGUCAAGUGGUGGACAUACACGUCACUUUGACAGAGAAGGAAAUCAGGGAAUUGGCCAAGUCGAGGGAGCGUCUUGAUGCAGAAUGCGAAGCGAGGGAAGGCUCCAAACGUAACUGUAGCUUAGGUGUGUGUCAGGGACCCCAUGUAGUCCUGUGGAGCAUCUCGUGUGCACCCGUGGUUUUUAUCCUCUCCUUCAUUACUUCCUUCUACUAUGGCACCCUCACCUGGUACAAUGUCUUCCUGGUGUACAAUGAGGAACGGACGUUCUGGCACAAGAUUACAGUGUGCCCCUUUCUUAUCAUCUUCUACCCAGUGCUCAUCAUGCCUUUGGCGCUCUCGCUGGCUCUGUACUCUGCUGUGGUGCAGGUGUCCUGGGCCUUCAGUGAGUGGUGGCAGGCAGUGCGAGACCUGGAGAAAGGUUUCUGUGGCUGGGCCUGUGGGAAGCUGGGGCUUGAAGACUGUUCGCCCUACAGCGUAGUGGAGCUGCUUGACUCUGACACUGUUUCUGGCACUCUGCAGAGCAAGGCACCCAGUGAACUUGCCCAAACAUCAUCUGUGUAAAGCAGUGGAUGCUAGGAUCAAGGAACAUAUUGCUGAUGCCGUCAAAGAUGGAAAUUCUUUCAAUAAUUUGAGUGUCAAAAUAAGCACCACCACUCUAUCUUUCUGCUAAUGAAGGGUUUGAGACUUUACUGAAAGCUACAGGAGAAAGAAAAGAACCUUUUGAUUAGAUUUUUUUCUCUAAGUAUUUAAAAGUGUCUCUUUUGGUAAUGAUCACACACUAAACACUGCCUAAGCUGUCCUUUGGUGCUCAACUGCUACCACAGAGCACUAUUGGACUCUAAACAUAAUUAUUAUGGGCCUUUUUUUUUUUUUUUAAUUACAGGUUCAUUACAGCCUCCCACAGAUCACUAAAUAGUAAUUUCUGAACAGCAGUCCCACUCAAAGACCUUUUCAAAUAUACUAGCCUUGGUUUUCACAGCCAAACCGUGGACACUGAUACCCACACAAGCCUGGGAGUUUACACCAACUUUCACUUCAUCUGUAAAUAUCUGUACCUAACUAUAUAUGAUCACUGUGCUGUGACAAUGAUAUCAAAAAUACCCUCAAAAGCAACACUGUUGUGUUUGUAAAGUAAUCAUAAUCAGUUGUAUUUGGAGCUUAACAACUGGAAGAAAAGGGGGCAACUGUCCUGCUGGCACUGGUGCUUGUUUAUUGUGUGUCAGUUGCUGAUUUUAGUAGGAAUACACAUCAAGAGCGUCAUUAUGACCAGAGCAAGAGACAACAGCAUUCUCAUAAAAUCUGACCUUCCCUCCUCUGCCUAUAGCACACAACAUAGCCCUAAGUUACUACCUAACCCAUGAAUCUUUCAUUUUGAGCAACAUAUACACUAUAUGACCAAAAGUAUUGGACAAGACCUCUUAGCCAUGCAGUCUACCUUUAGAAACAUCUGUGAAAGGAUGGACUGUUGUAAAGAGCUCAUUGAAUUUUGGGCAUGGAACUGUAAUAGGAUGUCACUGUUGCAGCAAGUCAGUUUGUGAAAUUUUGUCCCUCCUAGAUAUUCCACAAUCAACUGCAAGUAGAAUUACUGCAAAGUGGAAGUGUUUAGGAACCACUGCAAUUCAACCAGACCACAUGAAGUUACAGAGUGGGUCACCAAGUGCUGAGGGGCAUAGUGCGCUGCAGAACUCCAAACUUUCUCAGCAUUAACAUCGACACACAAACUGUGUGCCAGGAACUUCGUGGUAUGGGUUUCCAUGGCUAAGCAGCUCCUGUAGGUGUAAUGUGUAGGUGGCCCAGUAGUUCUGUCCAUAUAGUGUAUGUUGUUUAGUGUUUAAAAGACAUGAAUUCAUUAUCUUUAACAGCCGGCACUUCCGAUUUUAGCGAACAUACGAGCCUUGGAGUAAAACCUACAUUUGUUGGGGACUGUUCAUACACAUUUGGAGUUGUAGUGACUACUAGUGACUACUAGGAGGAUAAUGCAUCCAAUGUGUGUGGGAGUCCACAAAAACCUAACCUUAUAUCAAUGAGGGAAUAUAUUACAUAAGUGAUGUUUUUAUUAGUGGUAAGAAUUCCAGUGGUAUUUUACUGGUAUUUUAUGGUUAAGCAAAAUGUCAGGUUUUUGCUUAACAGACGAUUCUUAAGCAUUUAAUUUCAAUUUUACUUAUAUAAUCAAACAGUGUGGCUAUCUCUUUGGACCUCCACGAAUUCUUUUUAGCAUAAUCCAUUGCUGAUUAAGAUCUUUUUAAGGCAGUUUUUGAAACUAAAAGUGAUAAUAUGAUCCACACAUGACCCUCUGGGGUAAGAAGAAUUUUAGCCUGUGGGCUCUGUACAUAAUCAAAGUAAUCAAUCAAGGUAUUUAAACAAUGCAUGCAGACUGAGAGGAAGGGAGAUCGAGCCCCCUUUUUUGCCUCCAGCUCCUAUAGAGGGUUAAUUCAGCCGUGACCAUAUUGAGAACAAGCUGACAUAUUAUGCUUUUUUCAUUGUCAUGUUAUCUAUCAUAUGUUGAACAGCAUUAAAUCAGAUAUUUGUGUUGUAUUCACUGUUUUGGUUUGCACACAAACAAAAUGAAGUUUUUUGUGAUUUUCCAGCUGAAGAAAUCCCGUUACAUUUCCAUGUUCACAUAUUUUAUGUCACUUCCAUUUGUUUUCUAUAUUUAAGCCUAGUAUACUUUCUGAAGAUGUUCUAGCUACGUGUUUUUAUACUUCGGCACUUUGAGAUACCUGUACUGUAAACAACUAUCAUAAAACCGAUUGAAAUUCAAGUGAGAUUGGAUUAAAAUAACCAGAUGGUUUAAAUA